UUCUUCCUAUUUUACCUUUUCAGAUUGUCUGUUUUUAUAUUUUUGCAAGUGGUGUUAUCAUGUUAAUACACUGUAACUGUCACUUUGUGCAUUUUUCAGUUUCUAAUAAGGAUCAGGUAACAGGAGAGAUAAGUGUGAAGGCGUCUUGUUUCAGAUCUAUGAGGAAGACAGAGAAGCCACAUAGUCUGAGAGUAGGCAGACAAACAUAGACAUGAAUGAUGACAUGUUGUUCAUAUUUUAAGUUUAUUGUCUUAUUAAAUUUAUAACAGUUUCUUUUGUACAUGUAUGCAAGUAUCUUCAGUAAAUGUUUAGCACUUUCAAAGCAAAAUAACUCAUUGUUUAUGCAAAUGCUCGAUAAUUUGGGGUCUUUUUAUUGACAUUUUGUCAUUUGUGUCAUUGUCUAUAGAUUGUGUUAAAGGACUCCAGCCCUGUCAUAUUGUCCCAGUGCAGCUGUUCUUGUGUUGCUGGCACUGCACUGUGUAAUCACAUAGUUGCACUACUGUACCAGGCAGCACAUUUCUCUCAGCUUGGCAUCAGUGCAGUUCCUCCAGUGAGCAGCUGUACUGAAACGGAGCAGAGCUGGCACAAACCAAGAACAAUGGGAGUCCGGCCAGGUCCUGUCACUGGGAUGGUGGUUUUAUCUGCAAGACCUAAAGAGAGGAAACUUGCUGCUGGUUUAAGGAGUACCUUGUAUAAAGGAGUUGCUGGUGAGCUGCCUGACCUCUCAGUCCUGCAAGUGGGAGAGGAGUAUAGGGAUUUUGCCAGCACUACAGCCCCUUUAGUCACCACAAUUGGGAUGUGUAAUGAUGAUUCUUUCGUGGAUUCUGCCUUUGGUAAAGUUCAGGUUGGGAGUGUUCUGUCAUACCAACAGCCAGCAGCAACAACCCGGAACAUCACGCCCCAUAAAGAUGCCCCAGCACCACCACAUCUGCCACUAGAUGAUUACAGCCUUGACUCGUCUGUGUGCUUGUUUGUGUAUAGCAAACAUGAACUGCUACACAUGGAGUCACUGGCUGUAACUCUGGAAAUGUCUCACAAAAUUGAGGAUGCCACCAAAGACCAGAGUGCAUCACUGGAUUGGCACUCAGUACGAAAGCCCCGAGUAACAUCGUCUCGUUUUAGGGAGGUCUGUCAUGUGCGUGGCCAGAGCUCAGCUGAACACUUGGCUGAAAGGAUCCAGAGAGGAACUCGCCAAACAGCGGACAUGAAAAGAGGUCUUGAAAUGGAAUCUGCUGUGGUAGAGGAAUACUGUCUGGUGUGUGGAGUGAACUUUUAUCCUUGUGGAUUCUUAAUUCACCCAGACGCACCCUGGCUUGGCAGCUCUCCUGACGGCAUUGUUUUUGACCCCACUGAACAGCAAGUUUUUGGCCUUUUGGAAAUAAAGUGCCCAAAUGUAAAAAGUUACGUUGACUGCCCUUACCUGAAGUUGCAAAAUGGCACACCACAGUUAAAAGAACAGCAUGCUUAUUACUGGCAAGUUCAGGGUCAAAUGCUGAUUUCAGGACUGGAGUGGUGUGAUUUUGUUGUGUAUGCGCAGGAUGACAUGAUGAUCCAGCGCAUCUACAAAGACAGCAGAAUGUUUAAAACCAUUCGUGAGAGGGCUGACCAUUUCUUUUUUUAUUUCUAUCUGCCAAAAUCUCUAAAAAUGUAAAAAAAAGCAGACUGUUUUAUACUGUAAGAAAGUUAUUUAUUACAAAAAUGUUGUACCAGAGUUAGAUUAGUGGUGCACAUUAAAGGGAUAGUUCACCCAAAAAUGAAAUUCUGUCAUUUGCAUAGUUUAGUAAAAAUCUUUAGAAUGAGUAAAUGUCUUUGUUCUGAUGAACACAAAGGAAGACAUUUUGAGAAAUGUUUGUAAAAAAACUGUUCGUGGACCCAAUUUACUUCCAUAGUAUUUUUUCCUACUAUUGAAGUAAAUGAGGUCCACGAAUGGUUUGGUUCCCAACAUUUCCCAAAAUAGCUUCAUAUGUGUUCAUCAGAACCAAGAAAUGUAUAUAGUUUUGUAACAUGAGAAUGAGUAAAUGACAGAAUUUUCAUUUUUGGGUGAACUAUACCUUUACAAGUUGUAUCAAAGUUAUUUAUUUUUCAUGUUUACAGAAACACUGUAUCAGUUGUAUCAAAGUUAUUUAUUUUUCAUGUUUACAGAAACACUGUAUCAGUUAUUUACAUGUUUACAGAAACUGUAUCAAUGUUAUUUACAUGUUUACAUUAGUGGUGCACUUU